AUGUUUACGAAUAAGAAAGUAAACGUUGUUUUGGACGAGACUAACUUUCUUAUCUGGAAGCAACAGAUUUUUCUCACGGUUCGUAGUCACCGGCUCGAACGGCUUCUCAAUGGCACGAUGUUAGUACCGCCUGAGUUCAUUGUUGAUGAGAAUGGAGUGUCUGUUAUCAAUGAAGCAUUUGAAGAUUUCAUGGCACAAGACAGUGCUCUUACCUCGUGGCUUUUGUCCACAAUCAGUGCUCUGCUUCUACCUCAAUUUGUAGGAGCUGAGUCUGUAGCGGCUUUUUGGCGCACUGUUGUACAGUUCUUUGUCAAUCGAUCUACAACGGUCAUGAACUUGCACUACAAGCUUCAGUCGUUGAGGAAAGGUGAUGACUCGAUGCGUGUAUAUUUCACCCAUAUUAAGGAGAUUUGUGAUGCACUUGAAUCUUGUGGUAGCCCUAUGUCGCAGAUUGAGCUCGUUUUGAGCGUUUUGAAAGGCUUGCCAAGAGAAUAUCAGUCGUUUAUGGAAUUGAUCACUACAAGUCCAUAUACACUUUCUUUGGAUCGGAUUUAUUCCGUGCUCAUUGAUGCGGAGACACAGUUGGCUGGAUUUAAUUCUCAUGCUGAGAAUUUUCCAAUGAGUGCCGACGUUGUGUAG